AUGGCCCAAAACUUCAAUCAACAAGCGGUCAAUGACUUGAUGGUUGCAAUUUCAAAUGUAGUAGUAGCAUUCAUCAACCAAACUCAGGCCGCUUCUGUUCCAGCACCAGCACCUCCACCAGCAUCGCAAGCCCCGUCGAUACAGCAAGAAGCGCAAUUAGCCGAAACGGUCAAUCCAAACCAGCACAUGGGUAAAAUUCCUCCCUCGCAAAGAAGACGGCUCCAAGAGCCAGCUGUAAUAAACAGCUACAGGAACCUACAGGGUCCCAAUUUUAUCCCUCCAUUUAGGGACGAGGUUAUACAGUCUCGAGAAGAGCUGCGUCCCGGAGACCGAGAGGCAUUGGAAGAUCUGGCGGUGAAAAUAUAUGGAAAGAACCACCCAGUAGGAGAGAUCCCAGAUGAACAAUGGGUGACAAGAUGGGAAGAGAUGUUAUUUGUUGGUAACUGGAAAUCAUCAAUUGAGCCAGUUAGACCCACCUUACAAAAGAAGCCAAGGGUAGAAUCAUGGAUCCAAGUUGGAGUUCUUGCACAAAAUGCGUCGAGGGGAGAAUCUCAAGCGUCGGCUGCUAGAAGAAAAGGAGCCCCGGUGUAUCUAAGAAUCACAUCCUUUAGUCCGCUUGGCAUCGCAGGGGAUGCUACUGACGCAAAGGCUCAGUUAGUUCCUGAGGAACUUGUCGAAUUCUCAGAUACCAAAGAGAAACUUCUCGCAAGAGCCGCUUUUCAUUACUCGGAACUCGAGACAUCUCGGUUCUCCGAGUACAACAAGUUAAUGAUUAGAUAUCAAGCGCGAAUGCGUUUGUAUUUUUGGCUUCACAGCCCAAAUGGUGAACGGCACGGUCGUGUCCCUGAGGAAGAAAAUUUUGAGCUAAGAAAGCCAAGAUAUACGUUCGAGGAGCUCCAACGCCGCGCGGCUAAUGCUGCAUCACGACACUAUCAGGGGACUGCUGGGGUGGUAUUAGUUGACGAGGUUGCUGAUGGAGAACCAACAACAUCCAACCAAAAUGACUUCUAG